AAGCCGACGCUCCCCUAUAGAAAAAAAGCACGCACGCCGCGAGUGAAAGCGAGGGUUUGCUUUGCCGUCGACCUCGCCGCGGAGGUUUCUUCGCCCAAUCCACCCACUCGAUCACCGCCGUUCCCGCCCAGAUCUCCCCUCCCGGUCGGCGCCGCCCUCGCUGGUUCGUCGGCUCCUUCGAGUGCCUGUCGGGUCUUGAGACUGCCCAAGUUGUGCAGCUAAGAUACUCAAUGGAGGAUCUCCCAGAGCCACUGCUUGCAGAGAUCGUCAAGAGGAUUACCCAGACAAGUGAUGUUAAUUCUCUUUCCCUUGUGUCGAAGCAGCUCUGCACCGUCGAGGCGGAGCACAGGGAUGCUAUCCGCAUUGGCCGUGGACUCAAUCCUUCAACAGAAGCCUUGGUAUCUCUCUUCUCCCGGUUUCCCAAUUUGGUGAAAGUAGAGAUCGAUUACUCUGGGUGGAAGUCUACUGACGCGGAGCAGUUGAACAACCAAGGCCUUUAUGUUCUAUCAUCUCACUGCCCCUCGCUGUCUGAUCUUGCUUUAAGCUUCUGCUCAUACAUCGACGACACUGGUCUUGGUUAUCUAUCUGACUGCAAAAAAUUGAGGUCCCUCAGGCUGAACCGUGCACCAGCAGUCACUUCUACUGGGAUUUUUCGGGUGGCGGUUGGUUGCAGGUAUCUGUCAGUUCUCCACCUUGUUGACUGUAAGGCAGUAGACAACAGGGAGUGGCUUGAGUACUUUGGGAGGUAUGGAUCGUUGGGUGAACUUGUUGUAAAGGAUUGUGAUGGAAUCAGCCAGUAUGACCUCUUAAAGUUUGGCGCAGGAUGGGCAAAUCUCCAAAAGUUUGAGUUCGAGAUUAAUGGAGAUUAUUUCAUGUUAUUUGCUCAUGAUCCCUCCAUCGUGUCUGGCUACCCAUAUAGCUAUGACAUCUGCUGUGAUAGCUUGAAGGAUCUUCGGUUGGCUCAUAUUAUAACAAAUGAAGAAAUUGGACUUCGUUUUCUCCUGGGGAAGUGCAAAGCAUUAGAGACACUUUACCUGGAGUAUGUUAUUGGUCUACAUGAGAAUGAGAUGAUUUCACUAUUCCAGAGGUGCAGCAACCUUAAAACUGUCGCACUUCGACUCAGGCCUCUGCGCUGUGAAGAUUUUGAGUAUAGGACAGCACUGACUGAUGCUAGCCUUAAGGCUCUAGCUGUUAGCUGCCCGAUGCUUCAGGUUGUUGAGCUCACAUUCGCAUUUUGCGACCCCGAUUGGCCUACUGAAAUAGGUUUCACACAAGAGGGCAUUUUGACGCUGAUCCAAUCUUGUCCAAUUCGCGCUCUUUUGCUAAAUGGUGCCAGCAUUUUGUAUGACGAGGGGAUGAAGUGCCUCUCAUCCUCACCGCUCCUGAAGAAGCUCGAGCUCGUGGACUGCUGCUCUAUAACUGAUGCUGGUAUGAAUUUCAUUAUUCAGGCUCCUUGCUUGAGGAGUCUCACACUCCGCCAAUGCAAUAAAGUAACAGACAAUGGGAUGGCUGAGCUGGCACGUUCACAGAAGUUGGAGUCACUGACCGUGAUAGGCUGCCGCCGGAUCUCUCUGAAGGGUGUGCGAGGGGCUGCCAAAACAGUUCGCUACUCUGCAGAGUUUGAAAGCCUAGAGAGUUUAAAAGCAAUUAACAUGAACAUAAAAUGACUGCUGUCGCCCUGAAUCCAGUAUUUGGCUAUUAAUUUGUGUUCACUAUAUAUCAGCAGAAGUUUGAAACCGCAAAACUAUGAAAGCAAACUCGGAGGACAGGUGCACCUGCCAUUUCCAAUUGGCUUCAGAUGUUCUAGACUUGCUUUGGUAGCGCGAGAUCUGUCUUAGGAAUUUGACAGAAUUCUUGCGUAUCCUAUGACAGCAACUUCGAUUUGUAAUCUAUUUGCAUUGCUCCUGUCUGUACUUCAUUUGCUUUUUCAAUUUAUUCUUAUAGCUUCA